UCUCUCUGUCUCUGUCUCUCUCUCUCUCUAGUAGCCAUCACCAUGGACACAAGCCUGGACCAGUCCUUCUUCCCUGGCAAUCACUGGCUGUACUUCUCCGUGUACCUCUUCACCUUCCUCUUGGGGCUCCCCCUCAACCUGGUGGCUCUGGUGAUCUUCGCAGGCAAGCUGCAGCGCCGCCCAGUGGCCGUGGACGUUCUCUUGCUGAACCUGACCCUGUCGGACCUGCUCCUGCUGCUCUUCCUGCCCUUCCGAAUGGUGGAGGCAGCCAGUGGCAUGCGCUGGCCCCUGCCCUUCAUCUUCUGCCCUUUAUCCAGAUUCCUCUUUUUCACCACCAUCUAUCUCACCUCCCUCUUCCUGGCAGCUGUGAGCAUCGAGCGCUUCUUGAGUGUGGCCUACCCACUGUGGUACAAGACUCGGCCCAGGCUUCUCCAGGCUGGCCUGGUCAGCGGGGCCUGCUGGCUCCUGGCUGGUGCGCACUGUAGCGUGGUCUAUGUCACUGAAUUAUCGGGGAACUCCUCCCACAGCCAGGGUGUCAAUGGCACUUGUUACCUGCAAUUCCAGAAGGAUCAGUUGGCCGUCGUCCUGCCUGUCCGGCUGGAGAUGGCUGUGGUCCUUUUUGGGAUGCCCCUGCUCAUCACCAGCUACUGCUACAGCCGCCUGCUGUGCAUACUCAAUAGAGGAGCCAGCCGUCACCGGAAGAAGAGGGUAGCGGGGCUCGUGGCAGCCACGCUGCUUAACUUCCUCAUCUGCUUUGGGCCCUACAAUGUGUCCCAUGUUGUGGGCUACCUCCAGGGUGAAAGCCCACCGUGGAGAAGUUACGUGCUGCUCCUCAGCACCCUGAAUUCCUGUGUUGACCCCCUGGUCUACUACUUCUCAUCAUCUGGGUUUCAAGCUGAGUUUCAGAGGCUGCUGGGGAGGUUGACUGGGGCCUGGGGCCUUUCUAGGCAGGAGAGCAGCUUGAAACUGAAGAAGAAUGGAGAGGGGCGACUUCAGGAGCUGCCCACAGUAGAGAACAGGUAGUGGAACUGGGAGGGCCGUGGAGUGGGUGGCCAAGUGGCUUGGACUAAAAGGCAUCCCAUCCACAGGGCUGUUCCCAGCUCAAGUCUAGUAGGACCUGGGAGUGGCAGUCUGGGGACUGGCACAGCCAGGGAGAGCAGGCCCCCAGCCUUCCUAAGGGUGUGCUCACCAAAGCCCAGCUCUUGAUCUCACCACACUGCCCUCCCUUCCCAUUUCCCCACAAGCUGUGGAUUAGGCCCUGAGAAUUAGUCAAGGUGAGAGAGGGCCCUGGAGAAAAAUGAGCUUCCUGUGGCAGCAGGCUAGCUCUUGCACUUUUCUGAGUGUUAAAGAGGAGGUGAGAGCAGUGUCCAGAAUCUGAGGGACCUGCCAGUGACUUGGGACGGGAAAGAAGAAUCUACCCUUCAGAACUGCUGGUAUGGCAGGCCGGCAGUGCAUAACACAGGACUUCAGGUACGAAGGAGCAUCCUGCGCUCGUGUGGACUUGCAGAAAGUUUCCAUUGUUCAAUAGAUUCAUAUUUUUGGAGACAUUUAUGAAAAAUGACAGAACAAAAGUUACCUAAAUAAAUUUGAUAGCAAGCAU